AUGACUUCCGAACAAAAAUAUCCCGGUUACGAAGAACUUACGUCAUAUUUGACGCGAAGCAGAGACAAAUCUUUUUGGGGCUUUCUACACCGUUGUCGAGACACAAUCGUCACCACCACUUCAGCUACUUCUCGCAGACAGGAUCUCGAAGCCACCUGGGUCAGUAAUUUCUUACUAGAAACAAGAAAACUUGGUGAAGAUUUAGAAGAAAUGGUUAGUGAAGAUCGAAAACGUUAUGAUUUCGAGGAUUAUUGGAACGAUGUAAUUAAUGAGUGUAAAAUAAGACGAGAUAUUUCAGAGCGUAAAGUAGAAAAAGAACGUAUUCUUCGUGAUCUUUCGAAAAUAAAUGAUGAAAUAAAAAUGAAAGAAGAUGAGCUUACCAGAAUUUUGAAUAAACGGAAAAUACACCUCAAAGAUAGUUCAAAUUUAGAUGAAUAUUUGAUUGCGCAGUCGUUCUCUGCAAUUGAUGAAAAUUCGACUGCUAUGCAAUCAUCCUCCGCAAUUGAUUAUGCUAAUAAUAGUACAGGCGAUGCAAUAAGGAGAAAAAAAAUUCAGCGUGAGGCGGGUAUCCAAGAUGUAGCACCUGACCCUACAUGUACAACGGACACAGUUGCCAUUGUUAACAAUUUGGAUGAGACGGAAACUCAAAACGUCGAUAAAAUUAAUAGAUGUACUUCCUCAGAGUCGUCUCGCAAAAUAGAGAUCAUUGCAAAUACCUCACAAGAUCAGACUCAGAAAAGUAUUACAAAUUUUGUUGUAGAUUCGAAAGUACCACAUGAUAUAAAAACCGUUAACCAAGUUAACGAUCAAUAUAAAUCGGCGGUAGAUCAAAAUAUAGUAACCGAAUUCGUUCAAG